AAAAAAAAAAAGGCGCUUAAUUGUGAUAAUUUUGGUGCUUUACUUCCGUGUAGUGGUUUGUCCUCGUUAUUGCUGUAUAAAAUAUAAUCCAGGAUUUCAUCCUCGGGGAACUCCGAAUGAGGUAUGAAGGCUCUUCCUCCCGACACCGUGCGCCUGCUGUCCAGCUCUCAGGCGAUCACGUCUGUCGUAAGCGUCGUUAAGGAGCUGAUCGAGAACUCGCUGGAUGCCGGAUCCACAAGCGUGGAAAUAAAAUUGGAGAAUCACGGUUUGGAUCGUAUCGAGGUGCGGGACAACGGCUCUGGAAUCAAACCUGCUGAUGCUCCUGUGAUGGCGGUGAAACAUUACACUUCUAAAAUCUCAUGUCACGAAGAUCUGGAACGUCUUCACACGUACGGCUUUAGAGGAGAAGCUCUCGGGUCCAUAUGCGCCGUUUCCGAGGUCGUUAUCACCACCAAAACAGCCGACGAUGACGUCAGCACUCAGUAUACGCUUGACUUCAAGGGGUGUGUGGUCUCGCAGCGGCCCUCGCACCUCGGGCAAGGUACCACAGUGUGUGCGCUGAAACUGUUCAAGAACCUCCCUGUCAGGAGGCAGUAUUACUCCAACAGUAAGAAGUGUAAAGACGAGCUGAAGAAGGUGCAGGAUCUGCUCAUGGCGUACGCCCUCAUCAAGCCUGAGCUGAGGGUCGUGUUCACACACAAUAAGGCCGUGAUAUGGCAGAAGUCCAAGGUAUCAGAUCACGGCGCGGCUCUCAUGGCCGUGCUCGGAUCCUCCACCGCCGCCAACCUGUUACCAGUCCGACAUCACCACGAACAAGCAGAGAUCAGCAUCGAGGGAUACUUCCCUAAGCCGAACUCCGAUCUCGGUGCGACAAGCUCCAGUACUUCAGACAAGACGUUUAUUUACGUGAACAAUCGGCCUGUGAAUCAGAAAGAUAUCCUGAAGCUUGUAAAGCAGUACUAUGCUAAUUCAGCUCAUUCGAAUAACGAAUCAGCCAGCCGCCGCUUCCCUAUUCUGAUGCUGAACAUCACUGUCCCUGCCUCGAGUGUGGAUGUUAAUCUGACACCUGACAAGUUGCAGGUGAUGCUGCAGAACAAGGAUGCUGUGCUUUUAGCAGUAGAAUCUGUACUGAUCUCCUUGUAUGGUUCUUAUUCUGUUGGGAAUGACAACCAUGUGACAGAAGAACAGACAGAAGAACAGUCUUCUUCUGGGGUGGAAAUUAAGAAGGAACUCAACAAAGCGGCCGAAAAAGCCGCGCCGCAGCCUAGCGCAGAUUCUCCGUCUGUGGUUUUAGAAAAGGCUACCGCGAAAACCAAAGAAAAGGACAGCGAUACAUCCUUACCAGGUACUGCUAACACAAGCUCGUCUUCCACAUCAGAGGACUGGAUAAUCAACACAAGCUUGAGUGAUUCAUCUUUUGCUGAGAGCGUAGUGUUGAAUUCUACAGUCAACUCAGAUGACAAACGUGAGCAAACUCUUGUACAAGUGGACGAGGAGAUCUCAGCAGAGAACUGGGCCAUGGGAAAGGCUUUCACAGAUCCCAUCACUGGAGAAUGCAUUGAACCUGUGAAGCUUCUUCAACCCGAAGCUCAAAAAGAUGGCGAACUCGCCCAAGAUAUCAAAGCUAAGAGUAGCAGCCCGUGCAGGAAACCCACAAAUGUCAUUGUGGAAAAAAUGGCCAAAUUAACUGCCUACGACCUGAUCAGCAGCCACUCCGUGCGUCAGCCGCUUUCUGCCUUCGCACUGUUUGAGCAAGACACCAGAUCAUCCAUCCUGCUGGAGAAGCCACAGGCCAGUCUGCAGGAUGUCACUGCUGCUGUAAAAGAGAGAUGGGAAAGCCUCGGGGAGGAAGAAAGAAAGAAGUAUGAGGAAAAGGCUCAAAAGUCCCUGGAGACAUACAACGAGCAGAAGAAGCGUGCCUCGGCCGGCAUCGCUCCUGACCGUCAGCAUCAGAAAGCUGAUUCGUUUCUAAACAGACCCCAGGGUGUGAAACGCAAAGCACGCGAGUCCAAUCAGCAUACCUUAGACAAACUCUUCACCUCUCAGCCGGAAAGCAAAAAGAAACCUUCGGAGGCGUCCGAGACCGUCCAGUUCAGCAUAGCUGCUCUCAGACGAGCACUUCAGCCUGAGCAUCGCUCCCACUCGAGUGAGCAGGGCCUCCGGCUUGUAAACCGUUUGCCUUCUCAGUCCGCCUGGGUCGUUUUAUGUGGCAGAAAACUCAUGUUGUUAAAUCCAUUUAGGGUGGAGGAAGCCCUGCUGUUUAAGAGACUUCUGGAGAAUAAUAUACUUCCAGCAGCGAACCUGCAGUCCCCUAUACAGCUAACAGAUUGUGUUCUCGGCGGUCCUGAAUACAAAGAGGUUCUCAUGAAUAUGGAAAAAGGCGAUCCGUCUUUAACCGGCGAAGUCCUCUUUACUGAUGCCAGGCUGGUGGCCAAUGGGUUUCAGAUCAGACUUACUCCAGGUUCCUCGUCCAUGGGGACGGGUGUCGAAGUGAUGGGUAUGGCUGACUGCAUGCCUUUCUACGGCAUCGCCGACCUGAAGGAGAUCCUAACAGCCGUGAAGGACAGGAACGCCCAGACGGUUCAGCAGUGCAGACCUCUCAAAGUUACAAACUACCUAGAGGGGGAAGCUGUAAGGAUGACCAGACAGUUGCCUCUGAACAUGUCCAGAGACGACGUCACAAAUAUUCUGGAUCGAAUGGCACGAGAGUUUGAAGGGAAACGCGAAGUUUGUCUUCAUGGUCGGCCAUUUUUUCACCACCUCACCGACGUUCCUGAAACAGAUCAGGAAGCAUUUGACAUCUUCUCUAGCUCUUCCUGAGACAAGAAUAUCAAGACUUUCCCAACGUAAUGUUACAUUCAGACUCUGAAUGCAUAUUAUUGUAAAUGCUUUAUUUUCAGUAUCAGGUUCUGUAAAACUUUUCUAAUGACACUGACCAAAGUGGCAUUAAAUAAGGAAGCAGAUGUUUAUACAAAAAAUGAUGUGCAUGAGCGAUCAAUAAAUAUUUUCACUUAUAAGGUAUUAUAUCUAGU